GAAUUUAUAAAACAAACUUUACCAAGGAGCCAACUUAGAAAAAAGCCUUUUUGUAUGUAUUGGGGAGUUAUGGCAGGAAACAUGGGAUGGGGUGCAAUAGAAGAAGAUGGAUGGAGAAAGGGACCUUGGACUGCUGAGGAGGAUAAAUUGCUUAUUCAGUAUGUCAGGUUGCAUGGUGAAGGCAGAUGGAAUUCCGUUGCUAGGCUUGCAGGACUAAAAAGAAAUGGGAAGAGCUGCAGAUUGAGAUGGGUGAAUUACCUGAGACCAGACCUCAAGAAGGGUCAGAUAACACCACAAGAAGAAAGCAUAAUUCUAGAGCUGCAUGCUAGGUGGGGAAACAGGUGGUCAACAAUUGCAAGAAGCUUACCAGGAAGAACAGACAAUGAAAUAAAGAAUUAUUGGAGGACCCAUUUCAAGAAAAAGGCUAAAACCCCUUCCGAUGCUGCUGCAAAGGUUAAAAUUCGUUCCUCAAGGAGGCAAACAUUUCAACAGCAACAACAGCAGUUGAAGCAGAAGCUGCAGCAGCAGGAGGUUGAGCAGCAACAACAGCUUCAGUUCAACUUGGACAUGAAAGGUAUCAUAAACUUGCUUGAAGAAAAUGACCAUAGAGUGCCUUCUAUAUCUCAAGAGACCCAAGAAAUGGUGAGCAUGUACCCAAUUACAAUGGAACAGCAGGGGUACUUCUACUCUUUGCUCAAUGACAAUGACAAUGUCUCUGCACCAGAGUCCUCAAACGAAGAAUUUUUGUGGGAUGGACUAUGGAACUUGGAUGAUGUUUUUUGUAAUUUCAAUGUAGGUAGUGCUACAAGCAAAGCCAGUGUGCACAAUUUAGUUACUCCCUUCUAUUAA